GGGAUUGAACGAAUUUCUUGUUAUAAAGGUGUAUAAACCAUUACAAAAAUAUCUAUUACAAUAUGUAAUAUACCAUUAUAAUUGUCACGAGUUCAGACAUAAAAUAAUAUUGACUUUCUCAUAAAGUAGCAAUUAAUUUAGACGACAUUUGUGAUGAUUGGCAGAGUGCCCGUUAUAACUUAUGAUCUUAUGAUAUGGAAGAUGAAGAUGAUGAUGAUGCUCAUGCUUUCAUAUUAAAUGCGGUGACAUCCGACGAUCUUGUGACAGUGAGAGACUACUUGCAGAAUGGCAAAGUUACACCCAGUUUUGUGUCUGGAGGAAAAAAUCUUGUGUGUGAGGCAGCAUACAGUGGACAUGUCCAGAUGUUGUCACUGCUGCUACAGUACAAGUUUGAUGCAACUCAGUGUGAUAUAUCCGACCAGUGGCAUCGCCAGCCCAUCCAUAUAGCUGCAUCAAGGGGCCAUCUAGAAGUACUUAAAUGCUUAUUGGAAAAUGGAGUGAACAUCAACAGCCAGGACAGCCAUCACCGAACCCCUUUACACUGUGUGUCAGUAUAUGGUCACACUGAGAUAGCACGCUAUCUGUUGUUAUCAGGAGCUUCAGUAAAUAUGACUCAGCUUGAUGGGUUCACUCCACUACAUGCAGCAACAUGUCUUGGGCAUUACAAAACCUGCCAACUGUUAAUUGAACACAAAGCCGAGGUGGACAAGGCCGAUGAUGGCGGGUGGACAGCAUUGCACACUGCAGUAUGUUACGGGCAGGAGAGAGUCGUCGAGGUGCUACUAGAUGCAGGUGCUUCAUUAGUGAAGAAAACAAACGAAGAAGGAACUGCAUUUAAUAUUGCUGCACGUAGUGGAUACUUGAAUAUUGUGAAACUGUUACACAGCAGAGGUGCUAAUGUCAAUGACCGAGACAUGCAGGGCUAUACACCACUUCACCUUUCCGUUUGCUACAAGCGCUACAGUGUGACUCGCUACCUACUGCUUCUCAAUGUUCAGAUUGACACAUGCAAUUAUGCUGGGGAGACGCCUUUUUAUCUAGCUUGUGUACAGGGAGACGAAAAGAUUAUUUUAUUACUGAUCCAUGCCGGUUUCAAUGUCGGCCAACUUGAGUGGCUGCGUCGACCUACUGUGCUUCCAAUGGGAAUAGCCAACUUGCCCAGUCUGGUGGCAUUACUGAGGCAACUGGCAGCCAACCCCAGAACACUAACAGAAUUAGCUUGUUUCAGAGUAAGGUCAUUGCUUCUGGAUCGUUUGGUUACAGAUGUGGACAAGUUGCCUUUGCCAUUAAGACUCCAAGAUCUUCUAGCAUACAGAACACUCGCAGAGUAAUGACAAGUUUUCUUUCUGGUAUUUGUAUUAUUCUGUAAAUAUUUUGUUAACAGUUUUAGUGGGUAGGGUCAACGGUUUAUCAUUAUUUAGUCAUGUGCAUCGAUUAACAGCUGUACAAUUGUUAUGUAUGACAUCCAAUAGCCACAUGGGUUGAACAAUUAUUUAAAAACUCACUUGCCCUGGAUUUGCAUUCUUUCUUUGCCCAAUAUAUUUUUCCACUUGCCCAUCCAAAAGAUUUCCUUGUUUAAAUGAACAAAUGAAUAAUACUGGUAUAUGUCAUGUGUAAUUAUAUAGUUUUGUGAUGUAAUCUCACUAUAUUAUAAAAUUUAUAUAGUAUUUUAUCUCACAAUUAUUGGAAUCUAAUUUUAUUCAGUGUAUGCUGUCAACAGACUGAAAUAAGUAGCCUAUGCAAAACUAGUUUUGUAUCCGUUCAUGCAAACAACUGUUUCUCACAUGAAGAAGAUGAAAAGUUUUAUCUGUACCAGGGGUGGGGAAAAGCCCUUUUUUCCCGGUCUGGGACCGAUUCUUGAUCUCUGAGACCGAAAUUAUUUAUUAAAAACGUGUUUGCCA